AAUCAACAGAUUUGUUGGGCUAUCUAGCUUCUCAGCACGCCUUGCAUCUGCUACACAAAUAGAUCCCCAAACAUAUAAGGUGAAUCCAACUUCAACUUUGAAAAAUGGCAUUAGGAGACAAACUCAGCAUAAACACAACUUUUUCUCUGGUAUACUCUUCUACCACAAUAGCAAAAACAGUUUCCUGGGUAGUAAGCACAGGUUAUUGUCGCCGUCACAAAUCCACAAAGCAAGAUCAAAUCAAAACAGGGACAUGUUCAACCUUUGGAGUUAAGUUUUCCAUGAUAAAACCUGCAAUGUGUACUCUUUAAGGGACUGGGCAGAAGAAUCUAUUUGGUAUGGAAGCUGCUAUAUGAGAAUCAGCAAUGUGCCUCUCUACGUACAACUAAUAACGGGAAGCGCAAGGUAAAACAGCGUUCGAGAAAUGUCCCUCCAAAGUUGCUUGGAUUUACAGGGUCCCGGUCGGCCACUAUCGUUUAUGAUGAAGCAUAGUUCUAUUCUGAGAAACCAAAUGCUUGAUGAUCCUUCUUUUCUAUUUAAAGUUGGGAUAAAGGGUGCCUUGCCGCCAUGGAGGAACUCCGAUACACAUGAUACUCCGCAUCGGACUUCCACUCAGUCGGAGUCCUUUGAAUGGGAAGCUUUGUCCUGUUCCAUUGCAGCUUCCUCUAAACAAUGGGAUGAUGCAGGUUGUUUUGGUUUUUCAAUCGUCACAAGGUUUCGUGACCAUCAUAGCUUACGCAAUAUGGUUAUGGCAGUAGAUUUAUGGGUUCCAGAUUAUAUUGCUAGUGGGUGCAUUGGUGCUUGA